AUCGCCACAGGCGAGGCGAGGCGAGGUGAGAUGAGGUGGAUGAUGAGAGGCGAGCUUCGCGGUUUGGGGCUAGUUUUUGGCCCUUUUCCCUGGGGAUUUUUCUGGCUUGGACCUCGACGACUACCCCGUAAAGCACAUGCAAGCACCUGCGUGUCUAUGUAUCCCAGGGGGGUUCGUUGGUCGCAUUUGCCCAGAGUCAGCAGUGGAUGGGCCCAUCUUUGCGACUGAUGGCAUCCCUAACGCUGUUCUUCAUGAUCGAUGGUGGCGAGACCUGGGGAUAUCAGAGCAUAUCGCCAACGACCACAGCAGCCGCCAGAAAUACUUAAGAACGCAGAUUCCCCGGGGACGAGAUGCGAGAGGAUCGCGGAGAAGGGGAGCCGCCGCAACGAGGUUUGCGAGAAUGGCGCCGGCGCAGAGGCAGAGGCCGUCACCAUCGCCUGAUCUGACUGUUUGGCCACUUUUUAUUAUAUUCCCCGAAGGGCCAAAGUCGUGCCACCCCUUGGCCUAACCGGGUAGCAAUAAGCUGCGAUACCGAGGCGCCGAGCGCGGGAGGGCGGGUGGCCAAUCAGAAGCCGGAGGCGGCGCCUCUGCUGCUCCCUUGGCCCUGCGCAUCGUACGAUGUCUGGAUCUCUGGCCAGCCGUUUGUCGUUUUUCUUCGCACAUGCAUGGCAUCCAUCCAUGGCGCAGGGUCCCCUCUUCCAGCAAAGAGGAGCCCCAGAAGCGGCGUCUGGACCGCCCGGCGCCUCGUUGGCUGCCCCUCCGCGCAGCAAAAGUCAGGCCAUUUUCGUCGACGGCCACAGCAGCUGCGAAAAGGCUAUCUUGGGGGCACUCGCAAUUCAGAAUUUUCCGCCGCGCUGCUGCAAUUCGCCAUCUGCCUGGCGCAUACCCGCAGUGACAGGUCAUGUUGGCUCACUCUGCAGCGCCUCGAUCCCGGCUCUCGCCGAGCACAAGGUCGCUCGCGGGCAGUUGAGGCCACAGGCCACAGGGUCCAGCUGCUGGCUAUGGCUCCAGAGCAGCUCCGUAGGGGACCUGUAGGGGAUCUAUAGGGCAGAGCCGGGAGCCAGAGCCACGGGAAGCGCCC